AUGGAGACGAAAGGGUGAUCAAUUUGGGGCGUUAGGGUUGUACAGUUGUGCGACAAAAGUCGCAAGAAAAGAUGGAUAUUAUAAGUGUGAAAGUGUUAAUUUUGUUUGGUUUAUUUUUACUGACUGUUAUAUUAGGCCUUUUACCACUCAAAAUCGUUAGUUACGUCCGAAAACGGAGUGGCAGUAGUGUAGAUCUACACAAACAGAUUGUGUAUAAGAGAACGAUUAGUUUACUGAACUGUUUCGCUGCGGGCGUUUUUCUGGCCACAGUUGUGCUGGACCUAUUACCUGGAGUGCGGAGCAGUUUAACAACAGCAUUAAAGGCACUGAAAGCUGAAACAGAGUUUCCAAUUGCCGAGUUUGUCAUGAGCUUUGGUCUCUUUGCCAUUUUAGGAAUUGAACAAGUUGUUUUAACCUACAAAGAAAACCAAAUAAAAAACCAAGGAUCUGUAAAAACGCCGUUGUUGGCAAACUCUAGUGAUAUACUUGAGAGACAGCAAAGUUUGACAGAGUCCGUCAGAAGUGAGCAUUCGAUUUCUGGGAUAACUGAUCAACCAUUUCAGAAUUCUCGACGAAAUUCCAGAGCACUGGAUAAUGGUGCAGCAUUGUCAGAUGAUGAAGAACGCAGUGAAUCACAUGGACACUCACAUGAAAUCGAAUUCCCACAUGAACACUCCUUGUUGAGAUCCUUGCUCUUGUUACUGGCUUUAUCUUUACAUUCCUUGUUUGAGGGUUUAGCCGUAGGACUACAGGAAGAAACAGAUCAAGUAAUCCAGAUCUUCGCAGCUCUUGCUCUUCACAAAAGCAUUCUUAGUUUCAGUUUGGGAAUGAAUGUUGCCCAAAGUAAAAUGACAUUGAAAGGAGCAAUAAAGUCUGUAUUGCUGUUUUCUAUUUCGGCACCUAUUGGUGUCGGUGUUGGAAUUGGGAUCAUUCGCUUGUGGGAUUCGAAAGCAUCUAAUCUAGUUCAGGGAAUCUUACAGGGCAUUGCAUGUGGAACAUUCUUGUACAUUACAUUCUUUGAAGUCCUACCUCAUGAAUUCAAUAAUUGUGACUCAAGGUUGUUAAAGGUCAUAUUUUUACUUCUUGGAUUUGCUGCAGUUACUGCCAUUGUUUACUUUCAUCACUGACAACUACAUGUAGGUAACACUGGUAAUGUUGAAUGUGGUUCAGUUUUCAUGAUUAAUGUAAAGAAUUUAAAAUACUUUAAAAUAUGUAUAUAUUCAAUUUGAUAUGGACAACCAAAGUCAUUCACUUUGUCCUCAAGGUUACAUGUAUAAUUGAAUAUGUAUGUGUAUAAUAUGUCCUAUGACAGUUUGAGAAUGAAAAGUGCUGUAUUUAGUUAUACAAAAUUUACUUUACAUGUGUUUAUUAGAUCAGGGCAUUGAUAUGAAAUACACAGCUGGAGUUCAGGCACCCCCACCCCCUGCCACACCCUCACACACCCUCACACACACACACACACACAGGAGUGAUUCUUACAGUUACAAUUAUUUAUUCAGUAGUUUAUUAAAAUAUAAAUAUUUUGAAUUAUUUAGUCAUCAGAAACAAAAUUUUACCAUCAGGUAUAUUUCUUAUAAUUUGAGGUUAGUUCCAGUUCAUUGACGCCAUUCGUCGGAUACCCACGGGUGAUCUUGUCUUUUAAUUACUUAUCACAUGAUCAGUAAAAGACAAGAUCACCUGUGGGUAUCCGACGAUGAUUCCAGUCAUAAUAAUGAUAAUAACAUUAACAGGGCGAGGUUUUAAAUAAAUAAUGGCUUUUCUGCUCCACUGGAUUCUCUCCAGUACAAAUUUAGUACCAAGUGCUCUGGGGGAUUCCUGUGACUUUUAGUGUAGAGUAUUCUCUUAAAACUCUAUCAUGUCUAUAUCUAUGCAAUGUGCAAUUAAACAUCCUUCCUCAUGUCAAACAACUGUGCUUCCAGCUUCAUUACAAUGUAAUACAGGUAAUCAGUGUUAUGUUUUCUUGUUGAAGGGUAAGCUUAUGCCUAUGUGUAUCUGGGUUUUAUUUUCUCUUUUUUUAUGUAUACAUUUCUCUUUUUAAUGUGUACAUUUAUCUUUGUUAUUAACUAUAUUUAAAUAUAUACAUGUAUAUAUAUAUAUAUAUAUAUAUAUAUAUAUAUAUAUAUAUAUAUAUAUAUAUAUAUAUAUAUAUAUAUAUAUAUAUAUAUAUAUAUA